UACGCCAGGGACCUAUCCUCGGAGGAGGCAGCAUAAUUUCAGACCUGCAGCGCGGCGUACAUAAAUAUCACUGGCACUUUAUCACAGCCUAACACCGGGACUGAUUUAAAUUGAUCGAUUUGAAUUGAUCCAUUGUUUGGCGGGCAGCAACAGAUAUGUGAAUGGAGACACAUAGAAACACGCACACAAACCACCAUCUUCCUCUUCAGUUAAAUACUCUGACUCUCUCUCUCUCUCUCUCACAUUAUUACACAAUCCCUAUCAUUCACUGAGUCAAUCCUACACACAUACAUGCUAGCACACACACCCACACACUUUAAAAGAAAAGCCUAAUACUUUUAUCUCACUAAUGUUGCUAUAGUACACUCUUGGCUCUGCAUUCUGUCAGUUGCCUCUCCUAUACCUAGCCUGCAGCUUAGGCUCAAAGCUCUAAUUUAGCUCAGGUGCUGAACCCACCGAAAAAUACCGCUGUGGGAAAGAGAUUAGCAGGGAGAGUGGGGAGAAGAGUGAGGAAAAAGAGGGUGGGAGUCAAGAGUUGAAAGAAAGGACGGAUAAACCAAACAAAGGAAUCGAGAGUCAAUAACAAGGAUCGAGAGACUGGGGGAGAGAGUUAAAGAGGGCUUGAGAAGGAACUAUAGAGGGAGCGAGAUAAAGGGGGAGCAAGAAAGACGACUAGAAGUGAGAGGCUGAAACACACCCGCAUUCCAAACCCAUCCCUCCUUGGGAACGGAUCGCACAACCCUGAAGACAGGAGCCUUGUCGCUGGAGAGAGAAAGUACAGCUUGGAGUGUGUGUAUGAGAGAGAGAGAGCGAGGGCUACGCUAAUCCUCCCACUCCACACUAAAGACUUUCCUGAGGACUUUCCCGUUGAGGAGGGGGAGGCAGAGGAGUGCAUUUUGAAGAGUCCUGUGUCGAUUCAGCCAUGCUAAUAGUCACCCAGAUGCAACAGAAUACCACCUGCUCCAAAUCAGAAAAGGAGCUGGUGGGGAGUAACCCUCCUCAGAGGAACUGGAAGGGUAUUGCGAUCGCCCUGCUUGUCAUUCUGGUCAUCUGCUCCCUGAUCGUCACCUCGGUCAUCCUGCUGACACCAGGCGAGGAUGACAGCUUGGCCCUCAAGGGGAAACUGACCGUGGGGGACAUCUUCAGGAAGGACUUCAAGGUUCACGACCCUGAGGCCAAGUGGAUCCACAGUAAUGAGCUACUGUAUCGCACACGUGAGGGGGAUGUUGUCAGGCUCAACAUGGAGACAUAUGAGAGGACAGUACUGGUGCACAACAAAAAGUUUGAAAUGUACAAAGCCAGCAAGUAUGAAGUGUCUCCUGACAUGAAGCAUGUGCUGCUCGCCUACAACGUGGCACCGGUAUACCAGCACUCGUUCACUGCUUUCUACAUCAUCUGCAGCCUGGAGACUCCGGAGACAUGGAACCUGAACCCUCCAGAGGUACGGAACGCCCAACUGCAGUAUGCAGGCUGGGGACCCAGGGGCCAGCAGCUGAUUUUUAUUUUUGAGAACAACAUCUACUACCGUUCGACAGUGGAGAGCCGAUCGAUCCGUCUGGUUUCCACCGGCAAGGAGGGGGUCAUCUUCAAUGGGCUCAGCGAUUGGCUGUACGAAGAGGAGAUCUUCCAGACCCAUAUUGCCCACUGGUGGUCUCCGGAUGGUGCCCGGCUUGCAUAUGCCACCAUCAACGACACUAUGGUGCCCAGGAUGGAGAUCCCUAUAUUCACAGGAACUACUUACCCUACCGGGAGGGAGUAUCACUACCCUAAGGCUGGGGAGGAAAAUCCAGUCAUCUCUUUGUAUGUGGUCAACCUGAACGGGCCCCUGCACACCAUCGAGAUGAGGAGACCUGAAGACCCGAGGAUGGGAGAGUACUAUGUCACCAUGGUGAAAUGGGCGACUACCACCAAACUGGCAGUGAACUGGUUAAACAGAGCCCAGAACAUAUCCAUGCUGACGUUGUGUCAGGCCACCACCGGCGUCUGCACCAAGAAACAUGAGGACGAAAGUGAAAGUUGGCUACACAGACAGAAUGAGGAGCCGCUGUUCUCCAAAGACGGUCUGAAGUUGUUCUUCACCAGAGCCAUCCCACAGGGAGGCAGGGGCAAGUUCUUCCACAUCUCCAUGUCCAUCACACAGCCCAACACCAGCACAGACACGCUGCAGUCCAUCACGUCUGGAGACUGGGACGUCACCCAGGUUCUGGCCUACAACGAGGACAUCCAGCUAAUAUACUUCUUGAGCACAGAGGAUGACCCGAAACGCAGGCAUCUCUACAGUGCGGACACAGUGGGCCCUUUCAACAGACGCUGUCUCUCCUGUGACUUCUACGAAGGUUGUGGCUACGUCAGAGGCUCCUUCAGCCACAGCAUGAGCCUCUUCUUGCUUAGCUGCAAAGGCCCUGAUGUCCCGUUUGUAGCAGUAUACAGCACACAGGACAGACAGAAGGUGUUUGACCUGGAGACCAAUGAGAAUCUGAGGAUGAGGCUGGACUCCAUGCAGAUGCCCCGCGUGGAAUACAAGGAGAUCAACAUCGAGGAUUACACACUAACGAUGCAGAUCCUCAAACCUGCCAGCUUUGUGGACUCAUCGCACUAUCCUCUGCUCCUCCUUGUCGAUGGCACCCCCGGUGGCCAGAUGGUGUCAGAGCAAUUCCACAUAGACUGGGCCACGGUGCUGGUGAGCAGCUUCGGGGCAAUGGUGGUUCGCUUUGACGGGCGGGGCAGUGGCUUCCAGGGGACCAACCUGCUGCACCGCGUCCAGAGGAAGCUGGGCGUGUUCGAGGAGAAGGACCAGCUGGAGGCCCUCAGUAUUAUAUCUAAAGAGCCAUAUGUUGACAAGACCAGGAUUGGAGUUUAUGGCAAGGUGUAUGGAGGCUAUGUGACCAGCCUGUUACUCAGCGCCGAGGAUUCCCUGGUGAAAUGUGGUGCGGCUCUCUCACCCAUCACGGACUUUGACCUAUAUGCAUCAGCGUUUUCAGAGAGAUACCUGGGACAGCCCAAGCCUGACCCAAGAGCAUAUGCGAUGGCCAAUCUAGCACACAGGGCAUCUCAGUUCCUGGACAAGAAGUUUCUGAUUGUUCAUCCAACAGCAGAUGAAAAAGUGCAUUUCCAGCACACAGCGAAAUUCAUCGCCCAGCUGAUCAAUGAAAACGCCAACUACACUCUGCAGAUCUACCCAGACGAGGGCCACUUCAUCCACAGCGAGGCCACGCGGCAGCACCUCAGCCAGUCACUGGUCAACUUCUUCGAGGAGUGUUUCCGGCUACCGGACAACGUGUUCGAGGAGAUACUGGAGGAGGAGAUCGAGGAAGAGGGUUAGCCUG